AUGACCCCGGUGUACAACUUCCUUACAAAAGACGAACUGCCGACCGACGUGAAGGAGGCCUCAAUGAUCAAAAGGCGAGCUUGCUCGUAUGUUAUCUUCGAGAACAAGCUAUACCGGCGAGGAUUUUCCAUCCCUCUCCUCAAAUGCGUCGACGCUUCUCAAGCACUUGAGAUACUGCAGGAACUUCACGAGGGGAUCAGCGGCCAACACCUCGGCGGCCGAUCAUUAGCGAGAAAGGCUCUCAGGGCCGGGAAGUUCCGAGAGUUCGUAGCCAAGCUCGGCACCAAACAACAUUUCACUUCGGUGGAACACCCCCAAACAAACGGGCAAGCCGAAGCGGCUAACCGAGUCAUCCUCCGAGGGCUAAAACGAAGACUCGGCGAAGCUAAGAAAGCCUGGAUCGAGGAGCUGCACAGCGUACUCUGGGCAUAUAUGACAACGCCUCAUUCGAGCAUAGGAGAAACCCUGUUUAGAUUGAUCUACGGCACCGAAGCCGUAAUUCCCGUAGAAAUCCGAGAGCCCUCUCGUCGGACCGAGUCACCUCUCGAAGAAGAACUCAACGACGAGGCUAUGAGGGAAGAACUCGACAUGGUCGAAGAGAUCCGAACAGGGUCUUCCCUCCGCGAAGCCAAGCUAAAGCAGUAG